AUGCCAUUCGCGGUGGGCGUCGUUGAGGAAGUGAGAUGCCUCAUAUGCGCCUCUACUGGCGCUGAUGCAGCUGACGGGAGCUCCAACGCCAGGGAGUUCAUUGCCUGCCCUCGUUGCCACCAACUGUUGUACUGUUCUGCGAACUGUGCGGAGGUUGGCUGGUUUGGCCAUCGGGCAUUUUGCGAGGUUCAGUCCGGCACGGAUGCCGUGGCGCGGUUGGCAACGACGAGGCGGAAGAAAUGUAGGCAACAAGAGAGGCGGAGUCAACUGGAGAACGCUUUAAGAAACCUUGCCUCGGUGGGGAAGGGGUCACAGUGCCAUUUACAGGUACUGCGCCUGCUAGAGGCAAUUUUUUUCACCGAUGACUUUACUGGUGACGUCGUGGUUGCAGACUCAACUGAGCUCAUCAAGGAGUCUGUGGAACUUCUUACAGCGGCAUUAUCGGACAGUGAGAGUACUGCGGAGACCACGGCAAUAACACUGCUUUUGUCAGGGCUUCUGUCUCUCGCUCUUGGCAACAACGAAGCAGCAUUGGCCAUAGUGCGGAGGGGACUCGCCAAACUUAUCCCGUACAAGUCAGAGGAAGGCGUUGUGGCCCGUUUGGGACUAUUGGAGGCUGAGCGCGUAAACCUUUGGACUCGGAGGUACCCCAAGGUUGUGAUGGCACCGGGAGAGACGCCGAGGGCUUGUAGACGAAUUAUGUCUGGUGAGGUGGUGGCCUGUGACGAUGUGCCGUUAUUGGCUUGGGAGGCCAAUGGCUUUCCUCCCGCAUCGGCUCCACGACAAACUUCCGUGUACGAUGAUGGACUGCGGGCGCUUGUUGAUGCCUUCUUGCUGAAGGAAAGUGAAGAGCUGACAAGCGCGGGGUUGCCUGGAAGUAAAGAAGACCACUUGACACUUUUGCUGAAUGGUCUGCACGGUGUGAGGGACGCAACGGCGGAUGCAAUUGUAGCGGCAACCACGUACCUGACCGCGUUCUCUGACGGACCACCGCCUUGCUGGAUGGUGAAACUUUUUUUUACGUCAAUGGCCUCGCGGCGAUGCUAUUGUGCGAAAAAGUGGGGUUUUUUUGAUCUUGUUUCGCGUGUCUCUCACUCCUGUUCCCCAAAUUGCAUUUGGAAUUCUGCUACCUGUGAGUUGCGGGCUUUGCGUAGCAUAGAUGCGCACGAGCCACUCACGAUCGACAACUUCUGGAGACCCCGCUUUGACCUUGCGCGGCAGAUGGUGCUGAAGCUCCCAGUUCCUCUCCGACAAGAGUCUGUGCGCGCGAACGUCGGAUGUUGCUGCACAUGCAGCCGCUGCACUGGUGAGGUGAGUGGUCCCCGCCACGCAUGCGGUGUGAUGGGUGAAGGAGUAAACGGGACAGAUGCUCUACGUGCCUUUCCAUGUCCCCUCUGUCGGGGCGAGGCGGGUUGGCGCUACCGACUCCUUUCGCACACGCAAUGCCCUCAGAAGUGUGGGAGUGCACUGGAAGAGGCAAACAGAGUUGCACUACAAUGCCGGUUCGCAUCAUUUGAGCCCUGGGUGUGCCACCGUUGCGGGGAGCGGUGGCGGGACAGCGAGAUGCCCGCGGAGGAGAUGCGACUCUGUCGUCAAGCCGAGCGUCUGGUGAGCCUCGCAGCGCGUGGCAUUAUUGCACGAAACUUUUUCGAGGAGACAAAAGACCUCAUGCGUGCAGUUUCCCAUUGUAUGGGGCAGCACCAUCACAGCGUGUAUCUUCUAACGUGCGAGGCGUUCGUGCUGUUUUAUCGUUACAUCGCCAGCCGCUUUGCCCCGCCGACGGGCGUUGUUGCGCAAAACCACACCGUCUUGUGGUGCCGCAAGUGGAUUAGGUGCGCUCAAAAUACAAACUUAUCGCAGGACUGCCCGCAUGUUUACGCCUCGUUCAUCGCGGACACAUCCCGUUCUCUCACGGCCUUGGCGCUACGAAUAGAAAAGGUGCUGCUUCUUCGCCACGCGGAGGCGCACUGCCCUACUGCGGUCAUUCAUGGGGCAGACAGCAGCGAGGCAGCGGACGUCGCAGCCAUCCUCAAGGACGCGCCGGACAAAGAAAGCCCGCGGAUUGGCCAAUCCCCAUCUGCCUUCGAGCGAUUUAUGAAUGCAGAACAACAAGAGGAUGAAGACGCAUUAAUUUCCGACUGGGAAUCGCACAUCUUGGGGCGCGUCCAAUCCGAGAUUCAAAGCAGUGAAAAGCCUAAACUACCAGCACACAUGCGGAAGGUCCUCCAGCGAUGA